AUGGUUCUUGGUCUGAUUGUGAAUAUCCUGGUCGACGAGUAUGAAUACGAGGUAAACCGGUGUGAAGCGGUGGCUCUCGACCGAUCUGUCAGCGUCCCAAACACCGGCAAGCGCAAGUAUCAAGAGGAUAAUCAGUCCCGUUUGGCGCAUCCUGCUGUUGUGGCAGUGGCAGUUCCUCAUGACUUGGUUCUUCGAGCAAGAAAAAUAACUGAGAGAUUCAAUGAGAUCAUACAUUACCCUGAACAUUUGAGUUUGUCAGAGAAUGAUGGACAGAGACGGUUUGCUCCAGAUAUCAGCAGUCUGCGGCACACUAGCUCUGUCGUAUUUGAGAAGAGCAUUUUGGGACGAGACCAAGACAAAGUCAAGAUAAUUAAUAAGUUAUCUGAAGAAGGGGGAAAUGUUGGGAAUCCUGUUUCUGUCAUGGCCAUUGUUGGUAUGGGUGGACUGGGCAAGACAACGCUUGCGCAGCUUGUCUAUAACGACCCAGGGGUGAGCCAGUCCUUUGACAAGUGUGCCUGGGUUUGUGUGUCUGAACAUUUUGAUGUCAAUACAAUUACAAGGAACAUCAUUACUUCGCUAACGAGUGAGCAGUGUUUGUAUACUGAACUUGCUGAUCUUCAGAUGAAAUUGGCAAAUGAAGUAAAUCAGAGAAGGGUUUUUCUUGUGUUGGAUGACAUAUGGAAUGAGAGAAGAGACUCUUGGGAGUUGUUCUGUAAGCCUCUAUCAGCUGUGAAGUUUUGCCAGAUCAUAGUGACCACUCGGAGCGAGCAAGUCGCAAGACUGAUACAGACUACACCUGUUGGAAAUAUGUCCUAG